AUGGCUAUUUCCGAUUUGCUUAACCGCCGAGUGCGAGCUCGACCAGAAGAUGAUGACCAGGUCUACUCUGAGGCGUCAGGUUCCGACGAAGGCUCGCAGGAUGGCUCUGAUGCCGAAUCCAACGGCUCCAUUCAUUCAGCAGAUGACUCCGACGCCGAAGGCACAGGCACAGGCUCGGAGUCCGAAGCCAGCAAUUCCGACAUAGAAGAAGAGCCUGAAUCCGAGCACGACGACGGCGAGGACUUCAAAGCCUCCCUAGCAGACAUUUCCUUCGGCGCACUGGCCAAAGCACAAGCAUCCAUGCGCGAGAAAAACCGCAAAGACAAGCGGACGCCGAAAGACGACUCCGCAGCCUCAACGCUAGACGACAUCCGCACGAAGCUGCGCGAAGCACGCGAACAAAAGCUCGAAGCCGCCGCCAAAUCCAAAUCCAAAGAAAAGAAGAGCAGAUCAUCCAAGCACGCGCCCAUGGAACUAUCGUCCAAACGAGCCGUGACGCGCAAGCGCACAGCAGUCGAACUCCCGCCCGCGCCCAGGUCCAGGGACCCGCGCUUCGAUGCGGCUGUCAUGGGUCACAGUGGGGUUGGAAAGCACCCGCAUGGUGGGAAGGCGUAUGCGUUCCUGGACGAGUACCGGGCGUCCGAGCUUAAUGAUCUGAAGGAUCAAAUGAGGAAGACGAAGAAUCUUCAGCAGAAGGAGAAGCUUAAGGGAGAGAUCCGGCGGAUGCAGGAUAAGCUACGGUCGGCGCAGAAUAAGAAGCGCGAGGCGGAGGUGCAGGCUGAGCAUAAGAAGCGUGAGAAGCAGUUAAUUCGGGAUGGCAAGAAGGCUAGUCCGUACUAUCUCAAGAACUCGGAGUUGCAGAACAAGGUUCGUGAACGGAAGUAUGAGGAGAUGGGAUCACGGGAGCGUGCAAAGGCGCUUGAGAGGAGGCGCAGGAAGAUGGCCUCCAAGGAGCGGAAGGAGAUGCCCUGGGAGAGGAGGGGCGCGGAGGCAGGUGGUGAGGAUGGGGGCAUGCCUAACGGAGGAAAGAGGCGGAGGUUGGAGUAG